UUGGUGGCCGCCGGUCGGUGUUGUUGGCAUAGACGUAGUUGGCGCACGUUGGAUUCGUUGGAGCUGCGCUGCUGAAUGAAGGGCGCAUUUUCCAAUCGACAUACAUCGUGAACGGUUUUGUAAUUGUGACGGAGAACCGACAAAAAACUUACAAGAUGAAUAAGAUUAUCCUCGUGUGCACGUUGAUGGGUGUAAUUUCUGUGGCUUUCGCCGAGACCUGUCAGAAACCGGAGAUCGUCGCGUCGUCAUAUGUGACAGAAGACGCGACGGUCCUCACGAACGUCGCCUUCACCAUGCAAUUCGUGUUGAAGUGCAACAACGGCGUGAAGGGAAUCAGUUUGUACGCCGAAGUCGAGGGCAAGACGUUGCCGGCGGUCAGAUUGAGCGCCGAUAAUAAAUAUCAGAUAUCCUGGACGGAAGAUAUUAAGAAAGCAAGGACUGGCGAUUACUACAUAAAACUGUACGAUGAGGAGAAGUAUGUCGCCGUUCGUAAAGCAAUAAGGAAUGGAGAGGAUCCCGAUAGCGUGAAUCCCUUGGCCGUGGUUGUUCUUAAUAAUCCAGGAGUUUUCCUUGGCCCUUGGGUAAAUUCUGAAUUCUUAGCCGCUUUCCUAGCUAUUCUUGUGUCCUAUUCAGCAUUUUCGGCAAAGUACAAACUUCUAGCAUAGAAAAUUUUUUUUGUUACUAAAAAAUAAACAUUAAAAUUCGAA